AUGAACUAUCAAAAGGAACUUGAAGCGCUCCCAAUCCCAGACUUAUCGGGUCAGUCAGUAGGCGACCGUCGUUUCAAGUUGGUCGAGUUGAUUGGCUUUGGUGCCUCCGGAAAUGUUUAUCGCGCUCUCGAUACUCAGUCAAACCCAUGUGAUCCUGCAUACUAUGCCAUCAAGUGCUUGCCACACAUGGAACUCUCCCCAGAUGGUCUCGUAUGGAGGAAACGGGAGAUCACAUGCCACUGGUUGGCAUCCAGAUCCUCAUCACCACAGAUAUGCAAACUUCACCAAAUUAUCGAGGAAGGACUAUACAUCUAUUUCGUACUCGAUUACUGCCCUGGUGGUGACCUCUUUACGGCCAUCCAGUUGCGAACGUACGAGGGCAAUGUCUCGCUCAUUAAGAAAGUAUUCAUCGAGCUUCUCGAUGGCGUACAUGCCUGUCACUCCGCUGGCGUAUAUCACCGCGAUUUGAAACCAGAGAACGUUCUCUGUGUCGAGCCCGGAUUGGGCAUACGUAUUGCAGAUUUUGGUCUGUCGACCACAAAGCUUGUCAGUCGGGAAUUCAACGUAGGCAGUUGGGAUUACUUCAGUCCUGAAUGUAAUUUCGAGACAGGGAGCCCACAUUACUCGCCGCUUUACUCGGACAUCUGGUCGUUGGGUGUUAUCCUUGUAAACAUGGUCUUAGGUCGUGCUCCUUGGGGAAGCGCAACGCCUUCGGAUCAAAACUUUUGGGGAUAUAUGAACAACCCUAACUUCCUUCUCGAGGUCCUUCCUAUUUCAAGACCUUUCAAUGAAAUCCUCAAGCAAAUAUUUCACAUACGAGAGUCUGCACGGAUUAGCCUUCCGAGGCUCAGAGAAGAGAUCAUAAAACUUGAUACCUUCUACACCAGCGAAGCUGAGGUCUGCAACGCCUCGGAGAACACACGAGGACCUGCUCGCGAGUAUACUACAUACUCUUCACAUCAAGACAUGGCUGCCUACAGAUUUUUUGAAGCUUCUCACUGGUCAUCCGACUCCUCCGCUGACAAUAGAGUCCUCCAGUCUCAGCGGGAUUACCACAGUUCUGCGUCGGCAGUCCGACAGCCUGGCAACGUUGCGGGGGUUGAAAGGAUGUCCUCACAUCUUCGCACAUAUGAUGGCGGUCGAUCUUUGUCACGGGUUUCCCUACCACACUGUUCUACGUGUUCUUUUUCUGACAGUGAAGGACCCAUUACUCCAGAAACUCGGCCCCAUGAACCUAUGAUACAGCCUGGGCAAAAAGGGUUCAUGUUCUAUUCUCUACCUCCUCUCUCAUAUAUUCAUUCAAGCCAUUUUUGCGAGAUUCGUCUGCCAUUAUUUGGAACGGAUUUUGUCACUCCAAUUUGUGUGGAUACUGGGGGAAUGAUGCAGGCUGUCUCAACGAUAUAA